AUGAGUGAGGAAACCAGUCACUUCCUCAGUUUGGUUAAAGAUGCCAAAUAUGAAGAAGCGUUGCUUUUCCUGCACGAUUUUCACGAACAAAAUUCUUUCCGUAAGCUCGCGAUUAAUAGCAUCUUUGACGCUGCGACGAUGUUCCGUGACAACAACGAUGAUGAUUUGAAGAACAUUGUGGAAACUUUAUUUGAAGCUAUUUAUCCGGAUACGCUAAAAUUCCGCAUCUGCUUCAAUUUCUUGUCUGGUAGAACAACGUCACAUUUUGCUGAGCUACUCAUAACUCAGAUGCUUUCCCUAGUUUCCAACAAAUUCAUAGAGAGCAAUUUUGACGAAUGGUAUGAUCUAUCCCACGAAUUACCGAUGAAGCUUGAAGAGAACAUUAUCGGAGAGCAUGAUCCUAACGUGUUUGACUCCGCACUUCACGCCGCUUACAUACUUUAUCGUCUCAGAGUUAUACCCUUCGUUCUUCCGAAAAGGAUGUCUACAGCUUUUGAGACGGCUGUUCAUUCUAGAGAAAUAGAAAUACCUCAAGCAUUUCCUCUUCUUUUCUAUUAUUCUAGGACUCAUCCGUUUUCGCCGAGACUGCUUAACAUCACUGCACCAACAACACUGGUUCCGUGUGUGUACUCUCGUAAUCUCCUUGGAAAGUAUUUAAUGGAAGGUUUAACGAACUAUUUGCACGAAAACGAUUACAACUAUGAGGGGUUCUUCGUAAGGCCGGUUCUUACUGCUCUCGAUCAUAUCGUGAAUACUUUAGAAAAUUUGGACACCUCCGACAUUCCUUUGUGCACGAAUCUAAUCAUGCCGUUGCUUCGAUUCAUUGAAGACUUUCAACAACAUGGGUUUCGUGUGUCUAUAAUGAAACGAUGUCGUGAGCUGAUGCUAUUGUUCAAAUGUAAACCAAAAGUUUUCCUCAUCAAGCACGUUGUCCAAGAGAUUCUUGCGAGGAGCGAUCUACAUUUGGAGAAUGAAGCCGCUGUAGUAGCAUGGUUCGUCGAUCUGUAUCGGCAACAUCUGGACGAGAAAAUUUUCCAAGAAGAAUUGGGAAGUUUCCUGGGAAUGUUGGAAAACACACGCUAUGAAAACAUGUCAUUGGCUACAAAUUACUAUUCGUCAGUGUUCGUUCUCAUUCAAACGCUUGCUAUUAAAAGAUUUAACCUGGAAAUGUUGCCUGAAGUGGAAACGAGAAUUAUCAGACGUGUGUACGAGCAGUUAACAGACUACAUCGAACUCGAAAAAAUGCGAAAAAAUAACGAAGAGUCUAAAGGGCCUGCAAUCCCUAAACUUCCGGAUGGUUUCCACUUUGACGUUGAUCCAUCAAUCGAAGCAUCUACGGUUGAUCAAAUACGCAAGGUUGUGAGAACACUGAAGGAAUCCUUGUCUAUCCUUUUUCUUGCCUCAUCCUCUUUCUUUCUAACCUUUGUCUUCUUGUGCUUACCACAUCAGAAUGCUGAAAUACGGUACAAACGAAUGACUGUGUCACUUCCAUGUCGUCUCACGAUGUAA